ACCGGAAGUUGUCUGUCAUUGUGGUCAUUUAAAGAUGGCGGAGUGCUUUGCUGCACGUUUGGCAGCCCAGGAGGAGCAAAUUCGGCUCCUCUCCAAGGAAAUAUCCACUCUCCAGGAAGGGUUGAGCCAAGGUCGGGAUGCCGUUGUUGUUGCGGAGGUCCGCCCGGAGCUGGAGAGCCUGCGGGCGGAUAACGAGAAGCUGAAGUACCGGCUGCUGCACCUCCGGAGGGGUCUGCAGGCGGAGCUGCAGGCGGAGCUGCAGCUGGAGGACGCGCAGGGGAAGAAACAAGGAGUGAAGUGUGGCAAAGCUCCGGAGAAAAACACCAGCAAAGAGAAGCAGACAAACAACCGGGCUGAUAAAAAGGUGGUAACCCCGGAUACCAAACCAGGUGACGGGAACAAGAAGGAGAAGAAGCAGGAUAAGGGACGCGCAGGUGUGAAAGAGCAGAAGACGCUGCCCGGAUACGUUGCAGAGCGCCUCGGCCUGUACGAGGAGCUGAAGAGGGAGAGUGAUGAGCUGCUGGCGAAGAAAGCUGCAGUCAGCAAGGACAUCACCGUGGAGCUGCCGGACGGACGCCAGGCGGCGGGGAAAGCUUGGGUCACCACACCGUACCAGCUGGCCUGUGAGAUCAGCCAGGGCCUCGCUGACAACGCUGUGAUUUCUCGGGUGAACGAGGAGCUCUGGGACCUGGACCGACCGCUCGAGCAGGACUGCUCUCUUGAGAUCUUACGCUUUGACAAUGAGGACGCUCAGGCUGUGUAUUGGCACUCCAGUGCUCACAUCCUGGGGGAGGCCAUGGAGAACUUUUACGGGGGUUGUUUGUGUUACGGACCCCCCAUCGAGAACGGUUUCUACUACGACAUGUUCCUGGAUGCACAAAAGGGAGUCUCCAGCACGGAGUUUGGAGACCUUGAGACUUUGUGUAAAGCCGUGGUGAAGGAGAAACAGCCCUUUGAGAGGCUGGAAAUCAGCAAGGAGACGCUGUUGAAGAUGUUUAAGUACAACAAAUUCAAGUGUCGCAUUCUGAAUGAGAAGGUCAGCACCCCCACGACUACAGUCUACAGAUGUGGACCCUUGAUUGACUUGUGCCGAGGUCCCCAUGUCAGACAUACAGGCAAGAUUAAGGCCAUGAAGAUCUACAAGAACUCCUCCACCUACUGGGAGGGCCGCUCCGACAUGGAGACGCUCCAGAGGAUCUAUGGGAUUUCCUUCCCAGACUCAAAGAUGCUGAAGGAGUGGGAACGCUUUCAGGAGGAGGCCAAGAAUAGAGACCAUCGCAAGAUUGGCAAAGAUCAGGAGCUGUUCUUCUUCCACGACCUCAGCCCCGGCAGCUGUUUCUUCCUGCCACGAGGAGCCUACAUCUACAACACGCUCACCGAGUUCAUCAGGGGUGAGUACUGGAGAAGAGGCUUUCAGGAAGUAGCCACCCCCAACAUCUAUAACAGCAAACUGUGGGAGACGUCUGGCCACUGGCAGCACUACAGCGAAAACAUAUUCUCCUUCCCUGUGGAAGAGGACAUCUUUGCACUGAAGCCCAUGAACUGCCCCGGACACUGUCUGAUGUUCGGCCACCGGCCUCGCUCGUGGAGGGAGCUUCCUCUGAGGCUGGCAGAUUUCGGGGUCCUCCACAGAAACGAGCUGUCGGGAACACUGACGGGGCUGACCAGAGUGCGCCGUUUCCAGCAGGAUGACGCUCACAUUUUCUGCACGAUGGAUCAGAUCGAGUCGGAGAUGAAGGGCUGUCUGGACUUCCUGCGCUGUGUUUACAGUGUGUUCGGCUUCUCCUUCCAGCUUCACCUCGCCACGCGUCCAGAGAAGUAUCUGGGGGACAUCGCUGUGUGGGACCAGGCUGAGAAGCAACUGGAGAACAGCCUGAACGAGUUUGGGGAGUCAUGGAAACUCAACCCUGGAGACGGAGCUUUUUAUGGACCGAAGAUUGACAUUAAGAUCAAAGAUGCGAUUGGCCGUUACCACCAGUGUGCAACCAUUCAGCUGGACUUUCAGCUGCCGAUCCGCUUCAACCUGACCUUUGUGGGGAAGGACGGGGACGACAGAGCCCGACCAGUCAUCAUCCACCGGGCCAUCUUGGGCUCAGUGGAGAGGAUGAUUGCCAUCCUCACAGAGAACUACGCAGGGAAAUGGCCUCUGUGGCUCUCUCCACGUCAGGUGAUGUUAGUGCCCGUCAACCCCUCCCUAGAGGAGUACGCCAAGAAAGUGUGUAAGCAGUUCACAGAAGCCGGUUUCAUGGCAGAUGCUGAUCUGGACUCCAGCUGUCUGCUCAACAAGAAGAUCCGCAACGCCCAGUUGGCCCAAUACAACUUCAUUCUUGUGGUGGGAGAGAAGGAGAAGAUGACUAACGGUGUCAAUGUGCGCACGCGAGACAACAAAGUCCACGGAGAGCUGUCGGUGGCCGAGGUGCUGGCUCGCCUGACCCUGCUCAACCAAUGCCGCUGUCCAAACGCAGAGGAGGAGUUCUGAUCGAGACGCAAAGCAGACUCGAGCAUUGAAAAACAUCCACUACAGUCAGAAGAGCAGUAAAGGGACGAGUGAUGGCACAUGUGAAGAUGGUUCAGUGAAAGUGUAGUAGAGCAGAACUCAGACAGGAACUGAUGAGCUGAUUUUCUGUAAGUGAAUUGGGCAACAAAACAACUUUAAAUUGCCCACUGAUCCUGUGAAGGGGAGAAAAGGACACGUUUGUGUGCGUGGUCUAUCUGAAGGGAAGUUACUUGAUCAUUUGAGGAAACGAUGUGAUCAUUGUCAAAAUGAAGGUUGUGUGAAUUUGGCACAGAUCUUUCACAAAGGUCCGUCUCUGUGGGGAAAUAAAAUAAAGCUACUGAAUGUGA